AUGUCUGAUAUCAAAAAGCAGAAGGAUAACACGUCCCUUCGGUCGACCGGCGCAGUGACAGAUGAAGCGGAAAAGAGUCUUCGGUCCACUGAGUAUGAGCAUUCCCUCGGGUUCUGGGAAGCAAUGAGACUAUACUGGCCCGCCGUUAUGUGGUCCAUCUACAUAAACUUGGCCACCAUUCUCAAAGGAAUGGAUGGAGGAAUCGUGGGCUCAUUGGUGGGUCUCCAGCCAUUCAAGAGGACCUUUGGCUACGAAUACCAGGGGAACUAUGUCAUUCCCGCACGGUGGAUUUCUGCCUUCAACUAUGCAAAUCCCCUGGGUGGUAUUGUUGGAGCCCUCUUUUCAGGAUGGGCGUACGACCGCCUCGGCCCUCGCAUCAUGAUGGCAAUCUGUUCCACGCUCUCAAUUGCCAUACUCUUCAUUGAAUUCUUCAGUGACAAUUCUCCCCAGUUAUUCGCUGGCGAGCUUCUGAAUGGAAUUACCAUUGCAUUCUACCCUAUAUGUGCAUCCGCCUACGUCGGUGAGGUAACACCGUUGUCACUACGCGGAUUCGCAGCGUCAAUCACCAACCUUGGCUUCGUCAUGGGCCAGCUCAUUGCAUCCGGGAUCCUUAAAGGCACUGACAGUCUGGACAACGCCUUCGCCUAUCGAAUUCCCAUUGCGACCCAGUGGUCUCUCCCUGUGGUCAUCCUCAUGUUUAUCUAUUUUUGCCCAGACCCUCCUUACUGGCUUUGCAAGAAAGGCCGGUACGAAGCCGCAGAGCGGUCUCUCCGCCGCUUAGCAACCCCCGGUAUAGAUGUCAGCCUAAAUCUGGCCCAUAUCAAGGAGACGCUACGGCUGGAGGAGCUGUUCCAGCAGUAUAGCGACAAGCCAAAGUACCUAGCCUGUUUUCAGGGCUCUAACCUCCGCCGUCUCAUUAUCUGCAUCAUGGCAUACGACAUGCAAGCCCUCACAGGGAACAUUCUCUUCAUCAACUAUGCGGUAUAUUUCUUCGAGAUGGCCGGUCUCGACACGGCCAAUGCCUUCUCGAUGAACGUCGGCGUCACCGCCAUCGGCUUUCUGGGCACUUGCAUCGCCUGGCCACUGCUCUCCUACAUUGGUCGCCGAACGGCCUAUCUCUGGGGGUGUGCCGGCUUGACCGUGGCGCUCUUCGUGAUCGGCACGUUGGACCUGGCACCCCGAAAUCAUAGCACCACUCCGGUCUGGGCGCAGUGCGCACUGAUUCUAGCAUGCAACUUUGUCUACGAUCUUACUGUCGGUCCAUUCUGCUUCGUGUUGCUGGCAGAGGUUUCCUCCGCAAAGCUCCGCAGCGUGACCAUUGCGCUGGCCACGGUCACCUGUCAUAUCAUGUCCUUGGUGUUUUCCGUGGUCAUCCCGUAUGCUAUGAACGAGGAUGAAGGCAACUGGCGUGGUAAACUGGGAUUCCUCUUCUCCGGGUUGAGUCUCCUUUGCACCGUUUACUGCUUCUUCUGCCUUCCUGAGACCAAGAGCAGGACGUUCGAGGAGCUAGAUAUUCUGUUUGAGAGGCGAGUUCCUAGUCGCAAAUUCAAGAGAUAUGUAGUUGAUGUUGCAGAGGAAGACGUUGGGCGCCAUUGA